AAUUAAGAGAAAUACAACUGAUUCAUCAUCCACCGCAGCCCUCUCUGUGGUUUCUAUGUCUCCGUCCCUCUAUUCGAUGUUUCCAUCCCUAUGUCGAUUCAGUUUCUCUCAGCAUCGAAGCCAUGAAUUUUAUACGUGAAAUCGUUGUCUGCUUCAAGGUCUGGCCAAAGGUUCGAAGGGUUAAAAAGAUAAUAAAGGUGAGUCGAUCGGCGCUGGAGGGAGACGAAGAUCGUAGACUGGUGGCUGGGCUGCUCUGUACACCGUAAAACAAAAAAGAAAAAGAACUUCCGUCGCUCGGCGGACCGCUGCUAGCUGUUGUAUAGGUACGAUCGUGAUUCCUCGCUUCGUAGAUCUGCAUCCCAGUGUUAUCGUGAGGAGCAAGGAGCAAUACAUAAAUUGUUUAUUCUGUCAACUGUGUCACGAUAUUUGGUUAACGCUGGACAUGUCAUCAAGCUCAGAAUAUUCAAAGUAGAAGGAUAUUAUUUGGUUUAGUCUGAGAAAAACAAAACACUAUGCCAGAGAACAAAGGGGAGGGGGCUUUAUGUUUCUCAGCACUUCUUGUAUGUGGUGACUACUACCACUCGGGAGAAGAAAACCCCAGGAAGUUCUUUAAGGUCACUGCAGGUGAUUUAUCGAACAAUUUGCUGCAUAUUAAUAAGCUUGAGCCAGUUGAUGUAGAACUCUCCUUUGGUGGUGGAGGAGAAGAUGACAACGUUCUCAUUCUUGCUGGAGCUUGUCGUAUUGGCAGUUGCUUAUACUUCGUCGGAGGUCUACGCCGCCAUGAUCCUAAAUAUCCUAACUACAGCGAUGAAGAUGUGACUGGUUAUCAUGACGCUUUUUCAAAUAGUAUUUGGUGCAUUGAUACUGCUGCUGCUACUGCAACAAGUACACAUUGUCUUCCUAGUCUUUGCUCUACUACCAUCUCAUGCCCAUCCAAUGGAGAUCCCAAUCCCCGGGGAUAUGUAAUGCCUUUGGUAGUCCCCUAUGAUGGAAAGAUACUCAUUUUUAGUGAAAGGUCACGGGAUGGGUUCAAGAUUUAUGAUCCACGUUUGAAUCGGUUCUCGUUUCGAACCUUUUCUAAAGAAAUAUUGCAUGAUCGUGAGAUAUGUAUUUCUUAUUUUCUGUGGAAUGACCCCAAGAUGCCUCCUCGUAAGAAGCCUUUGAUUAUGUUCUGCUUGCUUCAUUUUUCAAGUGACACGUUUCGACUACGUUCGUAUGAUUAUGAGUUGGAUUACUGGGAGACCUUUGACCUUAACUUCACAGACACCCCUGGAAGGGUGAUAUCUACGAGAAAUUGUCACCUCAUUCCUUUGGAAUAUGGCAGCUCUAGCCUGCUUCUAAUUAUUGGCCGGGCAGGUAUUUGGUCCCUUUACAAUAUGUCCUCUAAAAGAUUGGUGAUGGAAGAAUUGUGUGUGCCAGGCUUGCCACCCAACGAAAAAGUGCCACAUGCUUUCACCCAGGAAUGCUAUGAUGAGAGCAAAAUUGUACAUCAGUUUCUGAAUGCCGAUCGGGGUGAAUUAUAUGUUGGUCAUUUCCAUUUAAUUGUGUAUGCAAAGGUUAGGCUCCAAUCCGAAGGGGACAAGUUUUCUGCCAGCCUCUUGUCGCAGUGUUCUAUUGAAACCGGUUUCUAUAUUCAGAGUUACAUGUUUGUGGAGGAUUCAAAUGAGAGUACCGUGAUGGAUAAGAAGACAACCGAGGCGAAGAAGGAUGAGCAGGAGAAGGAUUUAAAAAAGAAAAAGACACUCAUGGUAUGAGGCAAACUGAUUCUUGUUCCCCUAACUUAUCCAUGUAAAAGUCUGCUACUGCUAAUUUGUCAGUCUUGUGUCUGUCUAAGAUGUAUCUACAACUAUUGAAGAGCGGAGACAAUUUUUAUUUAUAUAUCCUUAGACUGUUAGACUUUUGUAUUUAUCAAGGCAAGGCAUUUUAAGGUUUAUUUGAUUUAUCAUCCCAAAAAUGUUCUGGUUUACAACAUACUGUAGACAACAUACUGUUCUUUCUUCCUCAACAUAUAGAAUCAAGUUG